AUGGUUCCAGGGUGCCGUAAGAGGCAUCGGGCCGAGAAGUCUGCAUGUGACACAGCUGCUGCUUGUGCAGCAAUUAGGCUACAUGAAACCACAGAGACAGGAGUUGAAGCAGCAGAGGCAGGUGAAGCAGCUGAACCCACAACAGCGCUGCCUCAAACAACCACCACAUUGACAGGACCACAGGCGGCACCACGUGAAGCAGCAGCAGAGAAACCCGAAGCAGCACAAGCGAUGCUCAAAGCAGCGCCAACGGUACCUGAAACAGCCACCACCAUGCCAGAAGCACAAGACGCACCAUGUGAAGCACAAGACGCUCCAUGUGAAGCACAAAACGCACCAUGUGAAGCACAAGACGCUCCAUGUGAAGCACAAAACGCACCAUGUGAAGCACAAGACGCUCCAUGUGAAGCACAAAACGCACCAUGUGAAGCACAAGACGCACCAUGUGAAGCAGCACCCAACACAGUCUGCACCGAUGUGGGCAUGCAUGAGAUGGCAGAGCAGGAAGUUGCAUUCCGCAAUGGGGGCAUGCAUGCGGACGCUGCAUGCCAGUCACAUGGGGAGAAGCAAGGGGGAGACGAUAUGGAAACACAGGAUGACUUGUGCAGUGCGGGUAUGCAUGUGGACGCCCAACGCCCGCCAGGUGAAGACAUGCGAGACGAAGAAAAGAUGGCAAUGCAGGGCAACCCGUGCAGUACGGAUAUGCAUGUGGACGCCUCACAUGCACUACAUGAAGAGAAGCAGUGUUCGGAAGGCGGGUUGAUGAGCAAAUCGGUGGUGGGAUGCAAGUGGGGCUUGGCCGCGUGCACGACGCCUGGGGAGUCCGACAAGUCAUUGUCGCUGCAGCGGAAUGCGACAGCGAGUCGUCGCAAGCCACCUCUCCUAAUGCUUCACGGCUUUGGCGCGUCGGCGAUCUGGCAGUGGACCAAUCAGGUCGCGGCGUUCUCGCGCGACUUCGACGUGGUUCUGCCGGAUCUCGUCUUCUUCGGCGGAUCGCGCAGCCGCAGCGAUCAACGGUCGGAAAUGUUUCAGGCUGACGUCAUGCUGCGCCUGCUGGACCGCCUCGAGAUUGCCGAGUGCGCGCUCGUCGGGCUCAGCUACGGCGGCUUCGUCGCAUACAGAAUGGCCUGCUUGGAGCCGGGCAGGGUGCAGCGGCUGGUGCUGGCAGGGUCAGGGCUGAUGACGUCAGCGGAGGAGCAUGCAGCAGUGCUGGGCGAGUGGCAGGUGGAGCACAUCGCGGAGCUGCUGCUGCCCGAUGAUCCCCAGGGCGUGCAGCGCCUCAUGCACCUCGCCUAUGCCCAUGAUGCACCGGUUCUUCCUGCCUGGGUGCUGCGCUCAACUCAUGAGGUGAGUUAG